AUUGUUUUAGUAACUGAAAUCGUUAUCGUUUGUUUAAUUUGUGUUUAUCCAAAACUUAUUAUUGGGUACAAAUAAAUUCCAUUCCAUCAUGAUAAAUAGUGCUUUAGAAAGUCCUCCUUUGUUUUUAGUUGAGGAAAGAAUAAAAACAUUUAAGAACUGGCCAUUUAGUGACAAAAAUAAAUGUAAUGUUCGAAACAUGGCUGAAGCUGGAUUUUAUUCUGUAGCAACGGGGACUGAUGAUGCCGAUGCUGCCAAAUGCUUCCUCUGUGGAAAGGAACUAGAUGGUUGGGAAGCUAGCGAUGACCCAUGGGCGGAACACAAGAGUCAUGCUAUGAAGUGUGCCUUUGUUCAGCUGGGUAAAAAAGAAGAUGAACUGCUUCUCUCAGAGUUCUUGUCAGUCAUCAAACAGUAUAUGAUCAAUGAAACCAAGCGCAUUGCUGAGCUGGCCAAAGAAAGGAUUGAUGAGAAGGCAAAGGCAGUGCGCAGAAGAUGCCUGGGAAGGAAAUGACAUGUAAC